AUGCCAACAACGGCGGUGGUAUUGUGGGUAUCCAUCGCUUUGGUACUGGCAGCAGGAGCGGUGAGUAUCACCCUCCACCAUAUGCAGCAACGACCCAUACCGAUAUCUGGUGCCUCGGACAUUAAUACUAGCCUUCGAGACUUCACGACACAGGUCAAAACGUCGGGGCAUCCAUAG